GGGGCAAACAUAUUUGUUGCAUGGUUGUGUUCGACUGAGUUUCUUUGGUAUCUACGUCAGUUUUCAAUAUGGCUCCAGUGCAAUGACUAUUAUUAAAGCAGGAGUGAAAGAGCAAGUUGUUAUAGUGAUGUAAUGGAACUCAGUUGCGCGUAUCAGUGACAGAACGAAUUUAGUACAGUUGUAUAUGUCCAUGCGUGUUCGGUAGAAACAGUCAUGAUGGACGAAGACAAUAGAGAAAAUAUUGGUGGACGUAUCAAGAGGUUGGGAUAUAAGCCCCAAAGAGAAAUUGUGUAUUGUAAACUUUUACCUUAUGCUGACCAGCUUGAUGAAGAAUCAGUACGCAUGUUGUCAGAAAUUAAAGCAAACUUGGGAAGAGCGGUGAUGAUGAGAGAAAUGAGACCUGGAUGCGGAAUGUGGACUGCAAGAUUGACGAAGUAUGUGAAGUUGUAUGGAAUGAAGUUUUCAAAGGAAGACCACCUGACUUUCAUUCAUCUGAUGUAUCAGCUAGUGACAAUCCCCAACUUGGAGCCAUGGCUGGUCAGCAAGUUUGCACAGGCAUUGAUUAUUCUUUUGAAGAAGAAGGAGCUGAUCUCUCCAGAAGAACUGGUGCUUCCAUGGAGGCCCUUAUAUGAUCUCUGUAAGCGGAUCAUGGUCACUAGUCCCGGUGCUGUUGGCAUGUACCGCUACUUUUCGUCACUUGACACCACUCUAAACUCAAUGGUCCAUGCUGCCAGGUACUAUUUCCCUGCCUCAGCCACGCAGGAGGUGUUGGAUAUGUUCCGGCCCCGUCUGUGCCCAUUUGACUCAGGUGCAAUGUGCACUACAGUCGAAAUGCUGGAAUGGUUCCUUCCCAUUUCACUGCCUCCUGUAAAGAGCUGCUUGGGUCACCAGCUCUGGUUCCAUGAGUUCAUGAAUCUAUGGGAGGUGUGCCACAAUGCACCAGCCUGGGAAGGCGACAUAUUAUGGCUAAUGGCACGGCUGGCACGUUGCAACAUCGGCUACAUUGACUGGGAGCCGUACAUCCCACUCAUGUUCACAAGGUUCUUGCGCAGCCUCAACCUCCCUGUGUCCUACAAGAAUGUGCAGUCUUCCAAACAUCAUAAACUGGACUCUUCAGCCAUUGCACUUUGGACUGUAUCUGUAGUGGGAGGUGGAAGCACUGCACAGAAGUACCUGGACAAGUUUAUGAAGGCAAUUGAGUCAUACUUUCAUCCUGCAAACUUUGGGCGUUGGCUGGUGAAGCUCAAGGACUUAUUACGCAAACUGCCAUACUAUUUCAUUCAGCGACUGCAUACGGAGCGGUACAAGAAGCUGACAUGGGAGACGCCCAUACCAGACAGUCACAGACUCACAGAGGAAGACAUCACUAACUUUGUGCAGUCCAUUAAACCUGUUGCAAUGCAAGCUAUGUUCUCCAAGAUGGGUCUUGUAGAAGUAAGCCAAGCAUUGCAGCAUUUGGCAACAUUGCGCCCAACAAUCAUCAUUCCACAGAUAAUUGAAAGGAUGUACUCUACACUGGAGAUGCUGACAGAGCCCCACAAGCUUACAGCAGCCAUGCAGUGCAUGGUUGCAGUGGCACGACCAAUGGUGCAGGGUGGUGCUUACAAAGAGGGACCAACUCACGUCAUUCCAUUGCUCAUGUCAACAUUGCCAGGAAUAGACCCAAAUGACAUCAAGAAGUGCUUUGUCACGUUCCAGUUCAUUUCCACGUUUGCAGCGUUGGUUCCCAUUGUGGACUGCUCAUCCGCCCCAGAGUACUGGAGGAAUCUGACAGAGGAGGAGGAGAUGAUUGCUCUAGCCACAGCAGACUUUGAGGAUUUUGUGCUGCAGUUCCUUGACCGUUGCUUCUUACUCAUAGAGAGCAGCUCUAUGGAGGUAACUCGUCUGGAACGUGAGGAGGACAAGCGCAGUAAGCUGGAGAACAUGGCAGAAGGGGCACUGUCUUCCACCUGUACCACUGUGCUCAUGCAGACCUCAUCUCAGAUCUUCAAGUCAGCGCUGAAGAAGCUCCACUCCUUUGUGACAGGACGGAUUCUUGAGACAAAGGUGGCAGGACACUUCAUAGCGACAGUGGUUCGCUCAUUUUCCAAGGUAAACCCUGAGGAAACACUGCGAGUGCUCCUACCACACCUGUGUGACACGGUGCUCACUCUGGUGGAGAGUGAUGACAUCUUGGAGGAGGAAAUCCUCGACAAUGAGCUGCUGUACAACUUACUUCUGCUCUCUGAAGUGGUGGACUGCCGGGGCAAUGCUCUGUUGCCUUAUAUGGGAAUGCUGCAGCGAGUAUUGGACCGUACACUGCACUUGGCGUGUCGUGAGGGUUUCCUCUCUUCAAGCUGUAUCCUGCGCCACAUUCUGUCAGGCCUAACUUCGAUAACUCCUGUAGAGUACCGCAGUGUUCCUGGAUCCUUUGACCGGCCCGUCAAGGACUACCUGCCCAUCAAGGACUGGGGCAUGCCAGGAAAUCCUUACAGCAUGCAGCUGAAGUGGUAUGUGCCUGGUAAUAAUGAGGUCGCUUGUGUGCAGUCACUCAUCAGUAGGUAUCUGCCACCUGAACUGCAGCGUAUCAAUAGCUUCAUCAGUGAUGAGGUCCAGCUCACAAGGGAGGAGCUGCAGUGCAGUUUAGGCAUUGUGAUCGCUGUGCUGGGUUGCCGUUCCAUGCUGCCUGUGUGGGACGAGCCGCCCGUCAAGCUGAUUGACAGCUGCUUGCCCAUCACCCCAUUCUUACCAAGUGUUGAUGUUGGAGGGGGGCAUGUCACAAUGCCAGAUGGUAGCAAUGUACGCAAGUCAGUUGCAGACACUGUGAACCGGCUGCAAGAAAAGCUGCUACUUUGUAGAGAGGAUGAUACAAAGUCUUUCUUCAGUCUCAUUGUUCUGUGGGAGUACCUACUGAUUGACCGCUUUGGCUCCAAGAGCUGUUAUGAGGUUCACUGGAAGAACUUCCGCAUGUUGAAGAAAGUUCUGGAAAACAAGCUGGUGGGGCAGAAGCGACACCUGCGUGCUCUCCUCAUAGACAGGACUAUGUUGCAGCAUGAGUCACUGCUGGAGCAAGGCAGCAUGUGCCUCACCCCAACUCACCGACAGAUGAUGAUAAAUCUCCUGACACUCAGCACCAGUCACUACAGUGAGGUGCGUUCUCGGGCCCAGGUGAAGCUCUUCACAGCGCUCGACCAAUUCUCAUACUCAUACACGGUGCUUAUCCCUCACUUGCUUAGGAACCUCCAGCAGGAUUCAAGCCAGUUCCAUGAGCAGUUUAAGGGCUCACUGUAUGUGCUACUUGGCCCAAAGCAGAACCCCCUGGUAACCAGGCAUGACUGGGAGAUGUUGAUGAACCUCUGGCCCGCGAUUGUGCGCACAAAGCCAUCAGAGAAGUUGUCAGUGAUCCGCCUGAUAGAGAAUAUUGUGGAGAGUGUUCACAAGCACUUCCCCACCAUUACCAUCAGCCUGCAGAUUCCCGAACUUUGCCUUGCUGCAGCACGCCAGCUGUGGAACUCAAGUCCAGCGCCUUGCUUCCAAGUUGUAUCAGAUGAAGAGGUUGCAAUUGGCAUGCAGCAAUUGGAAGACAGGAACCAGUACAACACGGAUCAAUAUCUGGCUCUACUGGACUCCCUCAUGGAUGCUAUGCAGCAGGAAAACUUGCACUGGCGCUACCGCUCGAUGGCACUAAGUUUUCUAAGGGACCUUGUUCAUCCUGACCUGCCUUAUUCUGCAAGGACUGUGCGUUACUUUUUGCACACACUCAUACAUGACUCCUUGGAACUCAGGAAGAUUGCUAUCCGUAGCACAGUGUUCUUGCUCAAACAGCAGAAACGUGCCCACAAGAAGAUUCUUAUAGAUCCAUUGAGCUUCUCAGGGGGUGAGAAGGCUAAGGGCCCUGGAGACCACGCUAGCAACCGGUGGGUGCAGUACUGCAGCAAGACCCGGCCCCUGACUGCAGAAGCAUGGGACACUCCCUGCUACGUGCACAAGCCUUACCACGGCUUUUACUGCUGGCCCGAGCAAGUGGAAGUGUAUGCUGCCUCUGGGGAGCAGCCAGCACUGGACCGAAGUCAUGACGAGCUGACCGCCGAAGAGAAGGAAGUGGAUUUGUUCUUCUCUGACCAACAAAAUGUUGACAGACUGGUUGAGCUUCUUGCACUUGAGGAGAAGAAAGGCAAGGACAAGUUCAAUGGUUAUCGUUUCAUCAUGUUCAAGGGUCUUUUUCGGAAUCAUGGAGAUACAUACCUUAACCAUUUCCUGCCACAUUUGGAGCGCCUGGUGACAGACAAACAUGAGAGCAGCCAGCGCUGUGCUGCUGAGAUCAUUGCUGGAAUUAUCCGGGGGUCCAAGCACUGGCCAUUCCACAAAGUAUCUGCCCUGUGGAAGGCGCUGGCACCCAUCAUCCGCCUUGCAUUGCUCAACAUGACAGUGGAGACCAUUGCAGACUGGGGCAUAUGCUUUGCCACUUCAUCAGAGAACAGGGACCCUAAUCGACAUCACUGGUUGCUGGAGCUGCUGAUGGAAGAUCCUCUGCGUGACGAGGCAUCCUUCAUUGAGUGUGGGCGACUGUACACAUUGCAAGGUGCUCUGAACCAGCAGGAGUGGCGUGUCUCAGAGUUAUUCCACCGGUUGCUCAGUUAUUUGAAACCAUUCCUGACACAUCCAUUUCAGAAUGUUCGCGAAAGGCUGGGAAGUGUUCUAACAAACAUCUUUGAGCCAGACAUCCUACUGCUGGGCGGGAGUCGCACCACCUCCCCCCACAUUACCACCUUUGUGUCGGAGAUAAUUCCCCAGCUUGCUGUGCUGUACCAGAUAGGACCCAAAGCUCUGGACAGUUCCAGCAAUCACAUCGAACUGAGAAAGAAGUUGAGUGGGGAGAGUGCUGAUCCAGUGAUGAACAUGCUGGAGAACAUGCAGGUGAACGGUGAGGAACGUGAUGUGGCGAUUCGACUGCUGAAGACAGUGUGCAGGUGGGUGACUGGCAGCAUCUCACGUGCGCAGUAUGCAACAGUUGCUGAGUAUUAUGAGUUCUUCCCUCUGGUAUGCCUCAUGUCAAACUAUGAUGCAGAUGAGGAACUGAGCAGGUCCUGUGUAUCUAUGUUGGCAAUGAUGGGCCAGGCACUCAUGCUGCCCCAGCAUGUCCCAGUGGUUCUCCAGUCUGUCAGCAAAGUGUCUGAGAGCAUAUCAUGGUGGGCCAGGUCAUCCUGUCUGGAGUUCCUGCAGGUGGUUGUGUUCCAUAACAUGGCCACCAUCCUCAGCAAACAAGUCUGGAUUCGUGAGGUGCUGGACAUUGUGCUGCAGCUCCUGGAAGAUGAUUGGCUAGAGGUGCGUGAGAAAGCAUCACAGGUGCUGGGUGGCUUGCUGCACUGCAACUUCAUCGAAUCAACGGAUGACCUCAUUGAGAAGUUUAAGCUGAAGUCAAAAACAAAGGUGAAGAAGCAGCAGGUGCAUGGCCAUGCGAUGGAUGCAGUUGACCUGCAGUCACUUAGGCUGCGCCACUCUGGAAUCCUUGGACUCUGUGCCUUCAUCAACGCAUACCCAUAUGAUGUGCCUGAGUUUGUGCCAGAUGUGUUCCUUCACCUGGGGGACCACCUCAAUGACCCACAACCUAUACCAUCCACGAUCAGGAAGACUCUUGGCGACUUCAAGCGAACACAUCAUGACAACUGGGAGCAACACAGCUUGAAGUUCACGGAGCAGCAGUUGGGAGUCCUACGAGAUCUCACGAUCCCACCCACAUACUAUGCCUAAAAGGACUGUUGUGCUUAAGUGUGUAAUUCUGGUUUUGAUAGGUCAUCUCGUGUAUUUAUUGCUGUAAGGUUGUGGGGCUCCUGACCAAAUGUAAAUUUUAUGAAUUUGCUACUGGUGAAGCAGUAGGUGCUUGUGUUGAGGAGUGUUAAUAACUUGAUAAAUUACAUAUUUAUUGGUGAUAGGAAAUGCUACAGUUGUUCAUCUGGUAAUGCUAGUGGCAAUUAUAGCACAGGCAUUCUUUGUGACAGGUCUGAAUGUGACUAAAAAUAUCUUUGAGAACUUUACACCUGCUACAUGUCACAUUUCUGCCUAUGUUAGAGUGUACCCUUUGAUAUUUAAAUAGCAGAUGCUUACAUCAUAUUCUGAUCUUGCAUUAAACUCACCCCAUAAUGGAUAGUUUUGCUACAGCCUUCCUAUAUCAGCCUCUGAUGCUGUGACAUGGGGAAAAUGUUAUCUUGCACAGCUUUUAAACUCCACUGGACAUAUUUGGCUUGAAGCUGUUGGAGACAGUUACAACCAAAGUCUGCUUGAUCCUGGUAUCAUUGUAUAAAAUGGUUUCCUUGUAAAGUUAAUGACAUAUAUUCUGCAUUUGCCUGUUACUUAAAUGUUUAGUGGCAUGAUUAACUGGAAAAGUGUCAGCCCCUGUCAGGAAACUGUAUAAGCCUGUGUGACUGUGAGGCUGUGGCUUAAGAUUUUGCUACUGGGGCCAUUACUUCAUGGGGCUGGGUGACCACCAAGACACCCCUGUAAGUAAGAUACUGCACUUCAUUUGAGGUGUAGGAUUGUUGAGGGGUUGAAAUAGAGGGGGAUGAACAGUAGAUCAUUGAAGGUCAUGGAUCAAGGGCUGGUUUAGGCCUACCCAUUAUGCAGUCAGUCAUUCAAGCUGUAGAAGUAUGAAUUUGCACCAUGUAAAUUUGUCAGGAUAUUUCAACAAGACAGGUCAUGUAUGGCUGGAUAGCCAAUCAGAACCAGAUGACAUGCAUCCUGCCCCGUCUGACUGUUGGUGUUACUUUGUCACAUUGUAGUAGGCCUGUGCAAGUGAUGAGAAUAAUUAUCAUUCUCAGUUUUCAGUUACAGCAAAGCAUUAAUUUUUUCUGUAUUGAUUCCAUGUAGCUGUGGGUCUUUGCUCCCAUAACAAAACAAAAUAUUCUUUAUGAAUUUUUAAUAAUAUGGAUGAACUUGCAUUGUACAGAUUGCUUGUCUGUAAUAUGGUGUUGGCUUUUGUGCACUUUAAAUUUCUGUCUGCAACACAAGUUAAAUCUAUUUCAGCAUUUUUAUUACUGCGGAAAAUUCAAAACUGAAUUUGCUUUCUACAAAAGGAAGUAAAAGUGGGAAUUUUUCUAAAAUAAUUUGAUGUUAUAUUUGAUACUUGAACGUAAUAACAAAGUAAUUUCUAAAUAUUUAUUUUAUAUGAUCUUGUAAUAUAUAGAAAUGACUGUGAUAAAUGAAUUCUGUAUUAAAAUAUGGUGGUUAUGAAAUUAA